GCCAUCUAUCAUUCUGUGUGAAAAAGUGUAUGAAGUGGAAUGCAAAAUAAAAAAACGCCAGCUGCACAUCAUAAACGCUCUCGGUUCUCAAACGGGGACAUUAAUCCCCUGAAUUUUGUGCUCCCAUUGUAAAAUUUGUCUGUGUUCAAACGCGUAAUCGAAACAAAAGAUCACCAGGUAAAAGGUAAAACAGGUAGCGUAGAACUAGUUUGCAAAAAUUUGGCGUAGUCUUAAAAACUUUCUUCCGAAAGGAACACGUUUUUCUUCCUUAAAGAAGCGAAAGAAAGCUGCGACGGACUGCAGCAGACUUUCGGAAAAGUAAAAUAACAUUCGGAAACAUCGCUAAUUGAAAAAUGAGCCGAAAUAACGGUGGCCGUGGUAGAGGUAGAGGACGAGGACGGGGCCGUGGUCGUGGACGCGGUGGUGCCAACCGUAAUCCAGUCGUGCCGAAUGUGGAUGACUUUGCGAUGUAUGCUGCUUCUAGUGACAGCGAUGAUGAAGGCGACUGGAUGAACAGCUUUGCGCUGAUGGAGGCUCUAAAUCUGAUGCGAGACGGCAUGUCGGGUCGGGCACAUUUCGGCAAGGGGCCGGAUCCCAGUUCCGGAUCGGAUGAUAAAGUUCUUUACACAGAGGAUGGGUUUAAGAUCAAUACAAUCUAUGCGAGCUUCAAACAAAACGCGGAAAUGGUAACGGAGACCGUUGUGCGCAAGUUGUUCGAACAAUUCGGCGAAAUCAAAACCGUCCGGAUUCACACAAGCCAGAACAAUAAUAUGUACGAUGACGGGGAGGUAGCGAGUGGUGGACGAGGCAGCGGACGGGGAGGAAAUCGUCGAAAUAAUCGAAACGAAAGGAUCAUUCGGUAUGGAUUCAUAUCUUAUGAACGAUGCGAAGACGCUGCCAAAUCAUUACGUAAAAAGCACUUGCUCAAUAAACAUUGCUACAUAGCUCCAGCUGACAGCUGGCAUCAGGAAGCAUACCUCAAGAAAAUGAAGGAAGGCGAAACACAAUCGAAUGAACCGGAUGUUACCGCCGGAUCUAGCUCUGGGGCUACCGGAGGGGCAUCGGCGGAAGGGCAGACUGUUGAAGCAGAGCUGAACUGCAGUAUCAAAACGGAUAGCACUGAUCCCACUCAGCCGGAACCGGAAGGAACGAACAUUUUACACCUAAACGACGAUUGUCUGUUGAUGAUUUGCGACUAUCUGGAGCUGAUGGAUCUGUUGGCACUGAAGAAAACCUGCACCAGAAUGGAAGUUAUUGCGGUAGAAACCUUUAAACGCUAUAAAAUUUUGGACUUCGAUGUCGACAAAACAUACCUCACUAUGCUGGAUGCGAAAAAUAUCCUUUCGGAGGUAGGAAUGUAUGUGGAGUUCCUGACGAUAUCCAGGGAUCGGUUCUUGAAACCCAGCACGAGGAUUCUCAAUUUGAUUCCUCGCUAUUGUUCAAAUUUGAAACACUUGGAAAUCAGCGAUUUUACAUUCAAUGGUAAAACCAUAAAACCAUUUGAUGAAAUAUUCAAAUCGCUUGAGGAUCUCUCGUUGAUAGGAUGUAGCGUUGACGAAACUAUUGGUCGAAGUUUGAAACUCGCCAAAAAGUUGAAAAGGCUGGAUAUUUCUGAGAACAGCGAAAUCACUGGCAAAUGCUUGACAUUUGUGAAGAAUUUGCAAUCCUUGGACCUGGAAAGCUGUCAGAACAUUCAGGGAACACAUUUUGUUAGUUUCGCAGCGAAAAAUAAAACUCUACAAUAUCUGAACAUAACCUGCUGUGGUCGGUUGACUUCGGAAGCAAUCAAAGCUAUCGCGACCAACAUGACUGAACUGAAGCACCUGGUGUGCAACAAUAACUACGAAAGUGUAGACCCCGCAAGUAUGGCACUGCUGGCUAGGAUGCCAAGUCUGAGGGAGAUGCAGUUCAAAAUCAACGGAUACACUUCCAUCGAUCAUAUGCUGGAAGGAUUUGCCGAACUGAACCAAUUGGAACACCUGGAUCUAUCCGAUGGAAUCUUCACCCCGAUUGACUACAAUCUGCUCAGCAAACUAACCAAUCUGAAGGAACUCAAACUCAAUUACAAGCUGGAUUUGUCCGAUGAACACUUGGCCAAGCUGUGCAGCACGGCGAACUUCACUGAGCUGCACAUCGCCGGGUGCACCAAGAUCACCGACAAGAUGCUGAUCGAGUUCAUUCGCAAAAACCCUCGGCUUAAGCUGCUGGACAUUUCCUACUGCCAGAUCUCGGAGGGGCUGAUCUUUUCCGCGAUCGAUAUUCUGAAGGAGCAGGCGGUCGGGUGUCGGGAAGGUGGCCGCAAGCUGAAGAUGAUGGUCGGCCAAACCACCAUCUGCCCGGUGAUAUUAAAUAAUACUCUCGUCAAAGCUAACCGACAUCUGUUGAAGAUAUCGUUCGACAGCACGGAAGGCUUCUACGGUAGCAUGGAUACCGAUAACAUGUUCGACGACCACGACUUCAUGUAUGACGAUGAGGACGACUUCAUGGGCUAUGACUACGAGGACGAUGAGUCCGUUGUGUGGGGUCUGGAUCACGAUUUAGAUUUUCUUUGUCCUUUUUUCCUUUUUUAGAUUUUGAGGAAAUGUGCCAGUACUUCUACGACAGCGGUGACGAUGACGACUAUCAAUAUAGGUAUUACAUGUAAGCGCUUACAGGAACUGUAAUGCUCGUUUCCCGGUUUUCACGUCAAAUCAAAUUCUAAAGAUUCUACCGGAUAGAGGAUAGUUUGAACUUUGAACUGUUAUACGAAACGGGUUUACUUCGAUAGUUUACAGUUCGCAUCACAGGGGGGAAGUGAAACGAAAAAUUCGCAGUUUUUAGCUCCCUGAAUCUGUAAUGCGUAUAUCCCAAUCAUUCUGCGAAAUUCCAUAGGAAGGCACUUCCAAAUCCUAACGGUAGUUCAAUAUUUCGGUGGAACUUCGCGUCACCAUUGAUAUGUUUAUUUAGUUUUGGUAAACUGAUUUUAAACGGAAAAAAGCUUGAGCAGACUCGUUAAUUGUUGAGGUAUCGUUUUCUUUUUUCUAUUUUAAGUCAUUUAAAUUGGUUGCAACAUCUCAUUUCUACCCUAAGGCGUCUGCUUGUAUCGAUAAAAAAAACAAUAAAAAACAUGUUUAAAAAAAUG